CCUACAGGUCAUACAGAAUAUGAAAGCCUACUGGUCAUACAGAAUAUGGAUAACCAUAAAGUCCCUCACACGGUGAAGGCCGCCCUAAAGGCGCUUUCAGACAUAGCCUAUAAAUUGCCGACGGGAGUCACCAUAAAUUGUCUUUUCAAUGGAGACCUGGGGAAUGCUAGAAAGCAGCUUGCGGAGAUUAGUGCAUAUAUGUGGUCACUGUCUACAGAGCGCAGGGCAUCCGCCUCCGCAGCCAUAGUAACAUUAACCGGAGUCCGUGCAUUCUUGUUAAGGCUUACGGCGGAGGCGGUGCGAAUACUGCCAACCACAGGUCGUUGCGAUGGCUUGGUGGACGAGCUUGUGGUGGAAGGCGCUGUGCUUGCCGGCAACCUGCUCAUGUUCAUGACGCACCUGGACCGGUACGUUCCAGAAGCAGAAACCCAUAAACUUCGAGGGCCGUUGGAUUUCGUGCGGAAGCUCUUCAGCAUGCAAACAGUGCAAGCUUGUAGCCGUCAGCUAGCUGCCACGGCCGAGUGGCUGCUUAACGUUCGCAAGGAGGGCGUUCAGCAGCAGCCACUGGAUACAGUGUUCAGCCAGGCGGUGUUGCCUGCCUUAACGCUGCUUGCUGGCAUGAUAGGCAUCUCCUACCGAAUGUUGUCUUGGGAAAGGGCUGCAGGCGUCGAACAGCAGCAACAGUAUUACAUCCGGCUCGGCUCUGUACUUAGGAACAGCUGCCCCAUGGAGCAUGCGGCGCGAGCCCUGCUUCUUUACCAUACAUUGGCUGCAGCUGAAGGCGGCCUAACCAAGAAAGCAGAAGAGGCAUCGUUCAUGUUCUUAACUGCUUUUGUCGAAGCAGACGGCUUUGUUGCGUUGUCUGCCGCAGCUGAGGGCUCUUGUGCUCAGCACGUGGCAGUGGCCCACGGCUUAACGCUCUUAUGCGAGGAUGAUGGUGGCCCCGCCUACGGCUUGCAGCCGGACCUGCUCGGGGUGCUGCCCAUUCUGACCGAGCCCUUAGGGGCCCUGGUGUCAACUCCCGCACCGGCUCCAGGCCAAGAGCCGCAGCUGGACCCGGUCUGCUUCAAGGCGAUGUUAGCCGCUUUGCGCAGGCAGUCAAAGCAGCCAUUGCACCGCAGGACACCCCACAUGCUGGCACUUCGCCUCCUGCGCCUUAUGCUGCGACGCGGCAACUUGCAGCCUGGUGGCUCAGCUGCCGCCGAGCUUGCUGCUGGUGCGGCGGCGGCUGCUCCACUUUCCAGCACUGCUGCAACUGACGUUGGCGCAUUGCCGGCACCGCUGGCUGCCCAUGCUGUGUCACGAACCAGCCGCCUAGUGCUGUGCCAGGAGAAUGUCUGGGAUAUUGCGGUUCAAGCUCUGGAGCUUGCCUGGGCAACAAUCCCCAGCAGAAGCGGGCAUGUGGGGGAGCUUAUGGCGGAGUUAUGGCGUUUGGCGAUGGAUACUGGUCGGCACGUCUGCCUGCAUGCUGAUCGAAACACCUGCUGCGGACUGGGGGAAGCGCUCCAAGAGGCGCUGAGCCCAAUAGAUCCACAUGGCGAGGCCUCAUCCAGCUGGGCGCCGUCACCGGUACCUCGCCCGUCUGUGGCCGCAGCAAUCGCAGCUGGCCUGCUGCCCUGGCUGGAGGGUCUGCAGCGGUUUCAAAUCACACGAGUUGGCCCGGAAUGCCGCGAGGGACAGGUCCUUAGUAGUUUCUUGGAUGGAACCCGCGACAGAGAAGUCGAGACCUGGCUCGCCCUCUUCACAUAUUCUGAACCGCGCCAGGCGGCAUCGUGGGUGGUGACACACGCCAAAUUGCUGCGGCUUGAGAAAGGGUAUCUGUCUACUUGCGCCAAGCGCCGCACGAGCGUCUUCCUCAAGCACAUGGAGGAGUUGGCGUCCGGGCCGCGGGCUGAAACCCUGGUGCCCGAGGGCGGCCCUGCUGGUGAUGACGUCGGGCAGCCAGCGGGGCUUCAGCAUCUGGGUCGGUUGGUUUCCUUUGCGGUCUGCGAGUGGCUGCCAACCGCCUCACUCGUCCUGCGGCAGCUGGCGUUGCAGUGUGCCAUCGCUGGGGCCCCUCAGGGGGCAGGCAUCAACAGGUAUUGGGACACGUACAUCGCUCCAUUGGCGCGCUGGUUAUCUGGGCUGGUGCUGUCCUGCAAGGGCCGCAGCGGCGAUGCAGACUGCGGGGGCAGCAGCAGCAGCGGCGGCGGCGGCUGGGUUCCCUUCCUGCUUCACGAGGUGGCGGUGGUGCCGCUGCUGGGCUCGCUGCUGCACCUCUGUCGCAGCGUUGAGUCGAACAAGGGGGCGGACCUGGCUGAACUCCUGGACUGCUGCGGCGUGGUGGCGAGUGCCUUUCCGCAGGAGGUGCAGGCGGCGGUGCGGGAAGCCGAGCAGGCAACCAUUGCGCCGCCGGUGUUCGCCUGGCCGCCAGCGCAGGUGCGCGGCUUGGCGCCGAAGCUGCGGGAGAGCGGGCGUGGGGAAGCGGCAGACGCCGCUUUGGCGCUGGCAGCCCGGCUGGAGGCCUGGGGUUCUGAAGAAGGUGCCGGGAGCAGUGCCUUGAGCUUCAGGUGUGUGCCGGAGCGGCUGCGGCAGCGGGCCAGUGAGCGGGGCAUGUCGGUGCCGGACGUGCUGGGGGUCAUGCGGCGGUUCCUGGUGCCGCCGGCGGAGGCACGCCGCCUGCUGCGCACCUGCAGCAACCCCGCCUGUGUCAACCUGAAGGGGGACAGCGAAGCGGAGCUGCCGCUGAAGGCGUGCGCGCGGUGUGGAGGGGCGUGGUACUGCUGCCGGGAGUGCCAGACGGCGCAUUGGCGGGCUCCAGGGGGGCAUAAGGAGGCGUGCGGGCGGCGGCAGGGGGCUGCUCAGGGUGCUGCACAGGGGUGAGGGAAGGCGGAUGAGCGGGGUUAGGAUAGCCGCCGCGUUGGGAAUGUUAACUUACAGCCAGCGGGCGUUAUGGGUGUGCACUGUUGGGAUUGGAGGCAUUUUAGGAUAACCACCAUUGUGAGUGGGCACUUGCUUGGGACUUGUGAUUGUGCAUAUAGGUCACCCUAGCAGGGCGGACGACGCUAUGCCCAGGUGUGUGUAGUUGAGUAGAACAAGAUCAAGCAGUUGGGAUAGGUUCGCAUGUGAACCGCGAGUACAGGCAGAACAGAGGGAAAACAGAUGCCCAGAUCUGUUUGUAUUGACUUCACCCUUGCAACGUCAGCCCUUGAUAUGCUUAGGUUGGCUGGAGGCAAUGUAUAUGUCGGCGGUCGUGUUAGUUCUAUUGCUAUGUUAGGAAUGUUACAGUUGCCGUCCCAACACUGGCAGUGUAGUUGGAGGAUGCCAUAACUUGGAGAUGAGUGAAACCCCUGACGCCCUGAGCCGUGUUGAUGACAGUUUGGAUGACAGUUUUUGUUGUAGCUACUGGCCACCUUGUGUGUUUCUUCCGUCCUGGGUUGUAGUACUGCUUGGCACGGCUAAGCCCCUGCGGCCUGUUGCUUGCCGCUGCUUCUAGGAGUUUGCCAUGUGCUGGGAACGGUGGUAUGGUAGGACGCAUGGCGCUGUCUGCCGUUGUCUGCCUUCUAUGUCUCGCCCCAUGCCCCAACCCCCCAGGCCGUUUCGGCACCCUUCAGAGUCCUCCUGCUGUCAGUUUGCUUUCUUCCGUGGCAUGCGGCUGCGGCUUUGUCGUUCACAUUGUUUUUGUGAUAAUGGACGUGGAGUUGCGAAUGCGGGGUGUUAAACCGAGCUCCGUGUGAAUCCCCACGCAGGGUCUCUUUGUGUGAAGCACUGUUAUCUGUCUUGCCGAUUGUCCUACCACCGUACUAGUUAGCUACGACUAACAGCUCAUUGGUCUGGCAUGGCGUUGCUGGCGAUAGCAAGGAAUAGCGCUGCAUAAUAGCUUAGAUGCGGAAGAGCACUUGAUUGGUUACUAUGGUCUUGGGUUGGUUACUACGGUCUUUGGAUGGAGUUCGGCCUGGUUCUUGGGGUGCUGCGGUAGGCGAUAAAGGCAGGCGUCAGGACGCAGCAGCAUUCGGCACUUGAACCUUGCAUUUGUCAUGCAGGGGCUUGUGGCCUGCAUGGGAGCUCACCCAUGCGCCAUUCCCGAGCUCGUCCGUUGGUCGGCGUCAUUCGUCUGCCUUGAUACGAGUAUGGGUGUUGUUGGAGGAAACUUGAUUACAGUGCUGGUUAGGAUCCUGGUGACCCCGAGCUUCCUCUACUGGUAGAGUUCUUACAGGAUCCGGUCAAGGUAACAAAGGCCUGUAACAGCCCAUGUGCUGCC